UCCUACAAAUAUGGGCGUUGGGUUCGAAGUCCCCUCACACUCGCAAGUUCCAUCGGUCUCCAUGGACUCUCGUCACUCUACCAUCUCUAGCUCCGUUUCCAUUUCUACUCCAAGGUUCCGGUGCUUCGACCCCACAAAUCCUCACUCUCCCUCCCCCAAUCACAGCCCCCGAUACUUCUCCGUCCUCUCUCCCACUUCCAGGAAUGGCUCCAUGGAGAACUUGGUCAAUUCCGAGCCCAAAAUCGUCACCGGCCCCUCUGGUUACGUUCUUGAGGAUGUUCCGCACUUGACGGAUUACAAACCUGACCUCCCAACAUAUUCGAAUCCAUUACAAGUCAAUCCUGCAUACUCGGUUGUGAAGCAGUAUUUUGUUAAUAUGGAUGAUACUGUUGCUCAAAAGAUUGUUGUCGAGAAGAAUAGCCCAAGAGGGAUACAUUUUCGCCGUGCUGGACCUCGUCAAAAGGUGUAUUUCGAACCAGAGGAAGUCUAUGCAUGUAUUGUAACAUGCGGUGGUCUAUGUCCUGGUCUAAAUACAGUGAUUAGGGAAAUAGUUUGUGGCUUAUACCACAUGUAUGGUGUCCACAAGGUUCUUGGGAUAGAGGGGGGAUACAGAGGUUUCUAUGCCCGAAAUACAAUUCCUUUGACACCAAAGGUGGUGAAUGACAUCCAUAAACGGGGUGGCACAAUCCUUGGGACAUCACGAGGGGGCCAUGAUACCUCUAAAAUUGUUGACAGCAUUCAGGACCGAGGCAUUAAUCAGGUAUACAUAAUUGGAGGAGAUGGAACUCAGAAAGGGGCUUCCGUAAUUUUUGAGGAAAUUAGAAGGCGUGGCCUUAAAGUUGCAGUAGCAGGAAUACCCAAGACGAUUGAUAAUGACAUUCCGGUUAUGGACAAGUCAUUCGGUUUUGACACUGCUGUUGAAGAGGCUCAACGAGCUAUUAAUGCAGCCCAUAUUGAAUCAGAAAGCAUUGAGAAUGGUAUCGGUCUUGUCAAGUUAAUGGGCCGGCACAGUGGAUUUAUAGCAAUGUAUGCAACUCUAGCUAGCCGAGAUGUGGACUGUUGCUUGAUUCCAGAGUCUCCCUUUUAUCUUGAAGGAGCUGGUGGGCUAUUAGAAUACAUUGAGAAAAGACUGAAAGAAAAUGGGCACAUGGUUAUAGUAAUAGCUGAAGGUGCAGGACAGGAGCUUUUUUCUGAAAGCAUGCGAACCACAGACCAGCAGGAUGCUUCUGGAAAUAAGCGACUGCCAGAUGUGGGUCUGUGGAUAUCUCAGAAGAUUAAGGAUCAUUUCUCGAAAACUAAGAAGAUGGCCAUAAAUCUCAAAUACAUAGAUCCCACUUACAUGAUCCGUGCUGUUCCAAGCAAUGCAUCUGAUAAUGUGUACUGCACCCUCCUUGCGCACAGUGUCAUUCAUGGUGCAAUGGCAGGUUAUACGGGCUUCACAGUUGGUCAGGUUAACGGGAGACAUGCUUACAUACCAUUAUACCGGGUGAUUGAGAAACAGAACAAGGUUGUGAUAACUGACAGGAUGUGGGCAAGGCUACUGGCUUCAACUAAUCAACCCAGCUUCUUGGACCAUAAAUAUGUAUUCGGGGAUGAGAAAGAGGAAGCACCACAAAACCAACCAAUAAAUGGGAAUAACCAUUUACAAGCAACAACUACUACUCUUGGGGGCCCCAAUGAUGUCGCAGAGGAUAAGAAACGGCAAGAAACACCUAUCCCGUCAAUAAAUGGGAAUGAAUGAGACUGAGAGCAAGCAUUUAGCAGCAGCAACGGCUUUGCAAAGUAACUAGCAGAACAUGUCAAUUCGAGCAGCUGCUUAUUUGGAGUUUUGUAUGUUUUUCUGGGGUAUCCCUCUUCCUCCUCUCCUUUUUCCUUUAAUUUUGGGCUGCAUGUUGAUUGUAGUUCUACCUAGUGCACCCUAUGCUCGGGUGAUUCGUAAGGUUUUAGUGUGGAAUUAUCCUACUAUAGAUGGGGCUAUAUAUGUGUGCUUGUUCACGCAAUACUUUCAUAAAGGAUCACUGUAUAUUUUCUGAACAAUGGUCAUCCUAAGCGUAAAUCAUGCAUGAGAUGCUUCAUUUCU